AUGAGGUGCUCGUCCGGAUCGAUAGCCAACGCGGCGCUGCCAUCGUUCCACUCUUCGCCAGCCGUUGUCGCUCCUCGACAAAUUUCGCCAUUCCGGCGAUUGCUCACGCCGAGAACACACGUGACGAUGCGCGGUGACCGCGCCGCUCGUGACACGCGACACAACAAAGAUCAUGAAAAAUUAAAAUCAUCACUGAAAAAGGGCACCAAAUCCAAAAAGAAUAGGGUUAUAUUUGAUGAGAGCGCUAAUGAAUUUUUUGAAGCAGAUUAUAUUAUUGUUGUUCGAGAUGAAUGCGGGUAUUCGGACGAAGGUGAAAAUGAAGAGUGUUCAGGUUGCGGAGCGUGCGAUCGGUUUCAGGAGCCUGAACCUGGGGCGCUCAGUCCUCCUGAGGGUUACAAAGACAUGGGACUCUUCAAUCGGGAUGGAACUUUACGAGAACAGGCCUGGUGGGAUGCUGGUGACGUGGUUCUCGUGGGGGAGCAUUCUGGGACUGUGUUCACCCCACAGCACCUGCAGCUUCUUCGUCGGUUGCAAAGAGAAAGAAUGCUCCGAUCUACUGUUUGUGCAGAUUGUGACGCGCACUCCACGCUCCAUCAACCUCACGAAAUUGAAUACAACUACGAAGACGAAGAUGGUAGCGAUGGCGACAGAGAACUACGGCCAAUAGCUCGUCGGACGGGCAAACACAUUGCCGCUGGCGAAGAAAGGCCGCGCAUCAAUUCCAGCCAACAAACGACCCCGAUUGAAGAAUGCUCCGUGGAUAUUUGUAUAGAAGAAACUCGACCAGAAUUAUCGACCAAUCCGCUAACAAGUGAGGAAAGUGACACGGGCGAAACAGAAGGUCGAAUAUCAUCGGAGAAUUCCCCGUUAAGACAACGUCGCGCGGGAAUAUUGAAGGGAGGGAGGCUGUGGAAGUCUCUAGAAAAUGAUAAAGAUGGCUACGAACAGAAUGACGACCAACGUUCAACGACUACAGCGAGUGAUGAGGAUGGGUCAGUUACUCCAAGGUCGGUCCGCUUUGUUGAAAAACCCAAAGACAGUGAUGAAGAAGUUACUGAUAAGCAAGAACCAGUACCAUCACAGGGUCCGGACUUAGAAAAUAGCGGUCACAGAGAACUUACAACAAAUGCACACAGAUUGGAGACACCACUUAUCCUGACGAUUAAUUCUCCGAAAGCCAAUUCAGCAGUUCAACAGUUAUUCAAUAGUAGCCGGCCACCGCCGCCCGCUAUAGAACCACAAUUGGUCACUUCAGAAACACUUAGAGCUUGGGAUGCCGGUGUCAGACCCAAGCCAGAAGACGUCGCGGUUCGUCGGGUUGCUGAAAGGAAUGCGUUGAGAUGCUCUUUACUUCGCAGUGAGGCGAGGAAAAAACAACAACCAAAGCAGGAGACCACAUCAUUAUCCGAGAGGAUUCGUCUCCUAACUUGCGACGUUGAUGACGAUGAUGUCCCAGAGGACCAGCGACAAUCACCAGCCGGAGCCAGCAUCGACAAAUUCUCUAACAGCAGUGACAAAUCCAGCGACAAAUCAUACACGAGUAUCGAUAAGAACAAUGAAAAAGCCUUUGGAAGCGCAUCUUCAAGUUCCUCUUCAUCCACUUUGUCAGCUCCUGUACCUACUCGACAACAACCACCCGAUUUAGGAGAUGUCCACCAGGAACCGCAAAAGCCUCGACCAGAGCCCAGGCGACAGUUUCUGUCGACUCUUGCACCAUUAACGGCCUGCGUAGGCAGCACAGCCCACCACGAAGGCUUCUAUUACCUUCCUCCUGGUGACCGCAACACUGGCUCUGCCACUAACAUAGACCUACACGAACACAACGAGGCACCAGCUCCAGACGUUGUGGCCGGCACUCCAGGUGCCGGUGAGAGUGAUGAUAGUUUGGCGGCUUUUGCACGUGCCUCAGCACCUAGAACUGAAAGACUUCGACAACGUUACGGCCAAGAGUCUCAACCAGUCAGCAGCGACGACGAACACGACGACUAUGGUUUCCAUCGGCGACCAGCAGUACGCGGGAUAGCUGUUAAGAAACAGCUUGGCUCAUCCAAUGAGAUACUGCAACAGAUGCAAAAUGAACUACAGCCUACCGCUACAUCGAGUGCUACAAGUCCGAUGCCCGCUCACGCUUGCCAACGCACUAACUCAAACUACUCCUGGCCAUACUAUUCUGAAGCCAAUCUUAAUUCGCGACCACAGAGCAGGUCCAGCAUUAACACUAACUGGUCUAAAUCUGACUACGCUACGACACGUCAAUGCAACAGUACCCCGGUGCCACAACAUAGUGAUGCGUGUUACGCCCACGCACAGAACAUGGCAUACCAUUACCAGAGACAACACGACAACUUGUACGGGAAUUGUUCCCUUUACGCUAAUGUUGGGUGUUCAGAUAGCAGUCAAGAAUUAUACAGCUCCCAAACAAGUUCAGAACAAACGUCGCCAGUCCGUUCAGGUCGAUGUAGGAGACCGGAGUCACCACCGCCUAUUAGAAGCCAUCACCAGCUUCUCUACGUACCAUACAAUAACCAUUACCACUAUCAACAGGAUUACGCUCAAAAUUGGGGCACUAACGACUAUAACCGCAUGCAUUACUACCACCAACAUCAGCAAUCUAUAAGUGGAGCCAGUACGCCGCAGCCAGCCAUACCACAACGAGCUCAUUACACACAUGCCUUACAAGUGCAGACUCUCUGCCCGGCUCCAGCAAGAUAUAGACCAGUGCCGGCGCCGCAACCUGGUGGCGGCAAACAAAUGAUUUGUUAUUCCGAAAAGGUUGCAGCCCCACUAUACCAGCCAGCACCCGGGUCUCCAUCUCGAGCGACCCGUGGAGCUCCCGAAGGAGCAGCUGGAUCGGCCCAACAAGUCACCUCACCCAUGACCGCACCUCAGAACCCGUUGCAAAUUAUACUGGGCCACGACAGGGUCCGGAUUUGUAUUGAAACAUCAAAGCCUGCUGAUGAAGACAAGAAUUAA